AUGCUCGCCCCUUCCUUCGAGAAUGGCUGCCCCACGAUCCAAAUUUCAGAAGAGGCAUAUUUGUGGGGCAUUGAGCGGUGCCAAUCCAACCUUGUUGGUCGCCUCCUCUCCCCACCAAAUGGGACCAUGCCCAAAGCCCACGAAUUGGCGCAACUCCUGCGUCUGUGUUGGCCUUUUCUGGAAAACUGGUCUGUUGCACCGUUGGGAAAGGGUUUCUUUAUGUUGCAGUUUCAAACCCCAGAGGACAAGCAACGUGUUUGGUCGAUGGGCUCCAUCAAUUUGAAACCUAGAAUUUUACGUUUGAUUCAAUGGACACCUAGUUUCUCCCCGACAACCUACAAGAACACCUUUGCACAGGUGUGGGUCCGUUUCUGGGAUCUCGGCUUUGCAUAUUGGGAGCCCCAGACACUAUUUGAGAUCGCCAGUGGUAUUGGCAUGCUAGUGAAACUUGAUCCAAGGACAGCUAAUCGUUCCAUUGGUCUCUACAAGAGAAUAUUGAUUGAUGUGGAUCUCUCUAAGCCUCCCACUGAGAAGCUCCAAAUCAGUAGAGCAAGUGGUGGAAUCGUUUCUGUAGGGGUGGAAUACGAAACUUGCCCACCCUUCUGUGAUGUUUGUUGCACUGUUGGAUAUCCUGCCUCAAAAUGCAGGUCUAGGGUUCCUUUGGACCAGUCACAGGCUCGGGGCAGAAGUGUAAAUCGUACACGUAUAGUUCGUCGUAGGCAGUCCAAGAGAAAGUCAGGGAUGAGAAGGGAGCAGUCCAAUGAGACACCAGGUAGUUUGGUUACUGCACACACUGAUAUUGCUACUCAACCAACGCUGAACAUCCCAGAACUGGAUACUUCUCUUGCGGUGCCAGUCCAUGCAGAGAAUGCUUCUCUAGUUCAAGACAGCUCUUCCAUUGCCAGUGUUCCGCCGGGUUUUCGCAAGUUGGAUGGUGCUCCUGACGUGGGCACAUGCAGCAUUGAACUUGAAUCUGCAGAUGAUGUGACUUCGAUUAGAAACCAAGAAGUCAAUACAAAUGAUGUGAUCUCUAUUAGAAAACCAGAAGUAUUGUUGGAUGUGGCUUUGGAGGAGGGAGAGUUCACGCCUGUAGUAACAAAGAAAGCAAAAAAGCUUCAAAAAAAGUCUGAGAAGGUCAAAGUUAAACCCAAACCUGGGUUGCGCGCUCAAGUCCAGAAGAGUGCAAAACACUUUAAUUGUUAA